AUACCAUAGAAGAAGAACUCUAGCUAGCUUAAGUUAAUAACAAUAACACUCGCUGCAGCGUAUAUAAAUAUUUGGCUGCAGUUUAGCUACCACCUGUUUGCGUUGAUUUGUAGUAAAAACAAAACUAGCUACUUGUUCAUUUGUCGAAAUAACACUUUAUACACGUUCGUUCAAUAAUAUUUAGACUAAUUUAGACUCAGAUUUACAAUUUUGUAUAGCUAGCCCCCUAAUGUUAAGACAAUAAGGGCCUUAACUAGCUAGAGUUACUGUAACGUUGAUAGCUUGCCGUUUUGAACGCGAGAAUCUAAGGCUUGCCUGCAAAAACUUGCCACUGUUCCAGCGGAUAAACAUAUUGUUUUAUAUAUAUAUAUAUUUAGCCAACGAACUAGCUAGGUAGAAGUCAAGUGGUUUUUAAAAUGAGGGGCGGUUCGUCGUAUGGAGAUCGGGACAGGGACCGUGGUCGCGACAGGGGGAGUCCUCGUUUUGGGUCUAGCAGAGGUCCCCCUCCCAACAAGAAGUUUGGGAACCCAGGGGAGCGUUUGCGCAAGAAGAAAUGGGACCUAAACGAGCUUCCAAAGUUUGAGAAGAACCUUUACAAUGAACAUCCAGAUAUCCAGCGCAUGAGCCAGUAUGACUUGGAGGAGUUUCGCAGGAAGAAGGAGAUCACUAUCAGGGGGUCAGGCUGCCUGAAACCUGUCAGUAGCUUCUCCCAGGCCCAUUUUCCUCAGUAUGUGAUGGAUGUGCUGAUACAGCAGAACUUUAAGGAGCCCACAGCUAUCCAGGCACAAGGCUUCCCUCUGGCCCUGAGUGGCAGGGACAUGGUGGGCAUCGCACAGACAGGUUCUGGGAAAACCUUAUCGUAUCUCCUGCCUGCCAUUGUGCACAUUAACCACCAGCCCUACCUAGAAAGAGGAGAUGGACCAAUCUGUUUGGUUCUGGCACCAACUCGAGAGCUGGCCCAGCAGGUUCAGCAAGUUGCUCAUGAAUAUGGCAAGUCAUCACGCAUCAAGAGCACCUGUGUUUACGGGGGAGCGCCCAAGGGACCCCAGAUCCGUGACCUGGAGAGAGGUGUUGAGAUCUGCAUCGCCACCCCGGGUCGUCUCAUUGACUUCCUGGAGGCAGGGAAGACCAACCUACGGCGCUGCACCUACUUGGUGCUGGACGAGGCUGACAGAAUGCUGGACAUGGGCUUUGAGCCACAGAUCCGCAAGAUUGUUGACCAGAUUAGGCCUGACAGGCAGACCCUGAUGUGGAGUGCCACCUGGCCCAAGGACGUGCGGCAGCUAGCAGAGGACUUCCUGAAGGACUAUGUCCAGAUCAACGUGGGAGCCCUGGAGCUGAGCGCCAACCACAACAUCCUGCAGAUUGUGGACGUGUGCAUGGAGAGUGAGAAGGACAACAAGCUGCUCCAGCUGAUGGAGGAGAUCAUGGCUGAGAAGGAGAACAAGACCAUCAUCUUUGUGGAGACCAAGAAACGCUGUGACGAUCUGACCCGCAGAAUGAGACGCGAUGGGUGGCCAACGAUGUGUAUCCAUGGUGACAAGACUCAGCCAGAGAGAGACUGGGUGCUGACAGGUAAGACGUGGUUUAUUAGGUGUAUUAUAUGGGCUAGUAUAGGGCUAAUCGGUAUUGGUUGUUGUCGUGACGCCUUCCUUUGUGUUCCUCAGCUGAUCUCUUGGCAUUUCCUCUCUCCUAUAGAGUUCCGUAGUGGCAAGGCUCCUAUUCUUAUUGCUACUGAUGUGGCCUCACGUGGUUUGGAUGUGGAGGAUGUCAAAUUUGUCAUCAAUUAUGACUAUCCAAACUCCUCUGAGGACUACAUCCACCGUAUCGGCCGUACGGCCCGUAGCACCAACAAGGGUACGGCCUACACAUUCUUCACCCCGGGCAACAUUCGUCAGGCCCGUGAGCUCAUCCGUGUCCUAGAGGAGGCCCGGCAGGCCAUAAACCCCAAGCUGCUGCAACUGGUCAACACUGGCCGUGGAGGAGGAGGCAGGUCACGUUUCCGUGGCAACGGCUCCAACGCCAACAACCCCAACCUGAUGUAUCAGGAUGAGUGCAACCGGCGCAUGCGCACCGUAGGCAGCAAGGACAGCCGGGGGAGCAGCAGCGGCACGGGAAGCAGCCGCGCCGGGGACAGGUCGUCCUCUUCCUACAGGGACAGGAGGGACAGCCGCAGCUCCUGCUCCUCCUACAACCAGUACCAGAGCGGGAGCAGCCAGUACAAGUCCGGGAGCAGCAAUGGGGGCCAAGAUCAGUCAGUGGGUCAGUUUGGUUCAGUCAGCAGGUCCAGUCAGCCCCCUCCACCCCCCUCAGGGCCACAGCCCCUCAUGGCCCAGAAGUUUACCCCAGCCCAGCCCAUGAUGGGAUUAAUGGGGCACUCGCCCUUCCAGUUUGCUCCCCCACCUCCUCCAACCUCACAGAGGAAGUAAAGCUGGGGCUAGCCCUCACCACACAUGCAUACAAUCCCCAACAUCAACCAGAAAAGUCAGUUGUGUUAGGAUUUAGAUUGUCUGGUUUUGAGAUUCUGGAAUACUGUGCUUGAAAUCUUGGCCUUAGCUGACAUGAAUCCAGAGGUGUUUGUUAGAUUGGUGAGCAUUAAAAAUAAAGUCAGCCGAUUUGUUGUGGUCAUUCAACAUUCCAAUAAUGAACUUGCCUGACUAACAAGUAGUUUGACAUCAGUGCUUUGAAAGGAUUUUUUUAAGCAUUAAAAUAACUGUACAAAUGCAGAUUGUCCUUUGAGUAGUUAGACCACAAUUGAAGUGGAAUACACUUGUGCUGAAAUGUAAUACUUAUACAUUUGUAGGUGAUGAAAGCAUUUUCAUUGAGGUGCCGUCUAAUUUGUUUCAUGUUGCUUUUCCCACAAAAUGCAUAUCCAGUGCUGUCAACAGUUAACUUUUUCAGCAUAUUGUCAAACGUAAAGGUUAUUUCAUUGUACAAACUGGCUUUCUUAGUAUAGUGAACUAAUGUGCUAUUUUUGCCUUUCGGUGUAUGAGGCAGGUGCUACCGUUUCUCGACAACUUUUUUUCUCAGCUCAUUCAGAUAUUGCGCUUUUGGUUUUUCAGCUUUAGUUAGUUUGUACAUAAGUGAUUAUUUUCCCAUUUAGAAUUUCUCUCUUAAAAGGUGAUCAGUAAUUCAGUUCCAGGACAGUAUUUUGAAAUAUGUAUAGACAUGUCCUGACAUGAGGUAGUUAUUCGACUUAUGUAGGUUACAUUAUUUUAAUUGUUUAUUUUGUGGGAUCUUUCCAACCCCUCGGUAGCUGAACCAUAUAAUUUCAUGGUCUUGGGAUAUUGUUUCUCUAUUGAACUAUGCUUGUUUCUUCCUAGUGUAGGGAUGUAUAGGUUUGUGCUUUGCUGCUUCUCUGUCCUUUCCAUCUGUAGUUGAAUCAUUCUAGUAUGUAGACAAGACCGACCUGUAAAAUCACUUUUUUACUGUCUGGUUUUGUUUUUCAGGUUUCAAUAAAGCUUUUGAAUGUUA